CGUAACUAUUGCUGACAGCCCGCUAGUGCUAUAUAAUAGACCGCAUUUGAUCUGUCAAACCGAUGCGGGAAUACGAGUGCAAAAGUAUUCUCAGUCGCUUUACAGCUAACAUCACUUGACUGAGUUGACUUCGCAUUUGGCGAAGCUAGCGAAUGGAACUGCGUUUUUCUCUAAUCAAUCAAAUAGGUAGCUAAUAGCCAGCUGUGUUACCCAGUUAUCAGGACUCCAGCUAACACUCCUAAUUUUGCAAUUGACGUACAGCACUGCUAACGUAAGUAAGGAAGUACAGGGUGCCCUGAACUUUAAGCAUGGAGACGGUGCAUACCCAAGGCGUUUGGAUGGCCGAAGCGCUUCAGAAGGGAACGAUGGAAUAUGAAAAACACUGGCUUUUUGUCACGCACAUGGGGGACCCCAAAGCUGCUUUUCUUAUCUUUUUUCCAAUUGUCUACUACCUCAACAAACGGACUGGAAUUGCUGUCGUCUGGGUGACUGUCAUUUCAGAGUGGCUUAAUCUUGUUUUAAAAUGGAUUUUAUUUGGUGAGAGACCAUUUUGGUGGGUCGGGGAAUCCCAAUUGUUUGUGAAAAAUCCACCCCAAGUCCAACAGUUCCCCUCCACCUGUGAAACAGGUCCAGGUAGCCCGUCUGGACAUGCCAUGGUGACGUCUGCAGUGUGGUGGGUCAUGGUGUCUGCGGUCGCCUCUUUCCUGCACUCCCGUACACGCAGCCGGCUGUUGACAGCAGUGCCCUACCUGCUUUACGUGCUCUUCCUGGUGGCAGUGGGGCUCUCCAGGAUCUUCAUUUUGGCACACUUCCCUCAUCAGGUCAUUGCUGGGACACUGACAGGCUUUGCACUUGGAGUGGUUCUGAACCGCACAGUCCCCGAUCGGCGCCCUCUGCUGUUCUUUGUACAGACCUGCACGGGUCUGUUUCUGGGGGCUCUGCUACUACAUUCUGGGUUGGAACACUUUGGGGUUGACCUGUCCUGGUCCAUUGCACUGGCCAAGCGCUGGUGCUCCCAGAAGGACUGGAUCCGCAUGGACUCCACGCCCUUCUCCUCCCUGACCCGAGACUGCGGGGCCGUGCUGGGCCUGGGCCUGGCGCAGUUCUGGAAGCCCGGCGGGUGGCCCCUGCCCUGGGCGCCGCGGACGCUCUGCCUGGCGCUCUCGUCCUUGGCGCUCUACCACAUCAACAGGAUGCCCCUGCCCACCGCCCCACCCUUGCUGUUCUACUGUCUCUACUUCAUCAGGUUCACGCUCAUGCCCCAGGUGGUCAUGGUAUUCGUUCCCGGGUUCGUCCACCUCCUUACCGCCAAGAAUAAGGAGGAGUAAUGGCGUGUUUUGGCAAAGGGAUGAUUUUGUCUUAAAGAACGGGAUCUCCGUAGGUCUCGAAUGAAAAGCCAGAAAGAGACGGUUUUUUAUACAUCAGAAAAAAUAGGGGUAACCUCAACCUCCUAUCUGUCCGGCCACAUCUCACCAAAGGUGUGGAAUAUUCCUUCCUGAAUCUUUCCACUGAAUGCCCCAUGGCAGAUGGCAUUAGGGAACAUUAGUUUAGAUUGUUCUAGUAAUUAAUGAAAGUCACAAAAGAAAUAAAAGGUUCAAACUUGUGAUAAACCGAC